AUGAUGACUACCUACAAACAACUAUAUAUUGUUUUUGCAUGGCCAUUCGAGCAAACUUGUCUCAGUGAUAAUAGCGAUUUAGGAUUUAAAGAACACGAAGAAUCUAUUUGUGGCACAUUCAUUCAACUUCUUCAAAUAAUUCACGCAAUAUCACCUACUUUUCUCCCGUUUAUGUUUGUUAUCACAAGACAUGCGCAGUUAAAUACUGGUUCAGACUGCAAUAUAAUUGAAUCACCACUUAUUGGUCUUGUACGAAGUUUAAUGGUUGAAUAUGAACAACAUCGACUGAAGCUCAUUGAUCUACAAGCAUUACCGACAAUGAUUAACGAAUCAGUACUUGUUCAUGCUUUAGCACAAUACAUGAAAACUUCUCGAUAUACAAAGAAUACUGAUGAGAUUGUUCUUCGUCUUGACCUAAAUGAAAAGACAGUCAAACAUAUCGCAUGGCAUUAUGAAAUGUUGCGAACACAUGAUAAAAAAGAAGAUCAAUCAAAAUUAAAACAAAUUUGUAUUAUCCCUCAACAAGAUGCUAAUCAACAACCAUUCCGUCUUCGUGUACCUCCAUCUCGUUUUCUCGCUGAAUUAAUAUGGAUUCCUGAUAGUAGAACAAAAGAAUUAUUACCAGGUAUGGUAGAAGUUCAAAUUCACUGUGUAGGCAUUAACUUUCGUGACGUAUUGAAAGCACGAGGUCUGUAUCCACAUACUCGUAAGUUUGCACAACUGGAUGAACAUCAGCCACAUAUGAAUCGAGACACUGAACCUGGUUCAGAUUUUGUUGGGACUAUCAUACGUGCGUGCCCUAGUGUCAGUUUUCAACCAGGUGAUCAUGUCGUGGGCAUCUCUGUACGUGGUGUAUUCCAUUCUCAUAUCACUGUCGAUUCAACACAAGUAGUACGUAUUCCAUCCGAGUGUUCUCUCACUGAUGAACAAUUAUCAGUUAUGCCCGUCAUAUGUCUGACAGUCAUCUAUUCUCUUAAAUAUCGCGUUCAUUUGCGACGUGGUCAAACUGUUCUUAUUCAUGCUGCAACGGGUGGUGCUGGUCAAAUUUGUAUACAAUAUUGUCAAUGGAUUGGUGCUCGUGUUUUAGCUACAGCUGGAACUGAAGAAAAGCGACGGUUUUUACGUGAACAUUGUGGUGUCGAAUAUGUAUUUAAUAGUCGAGAUAAUUCUUUUGUUAGUGGUGUAAGAAGUAUUCUACCGCAUGGUGUUGAUGUUGUCAUUAAUUCUUUAUCAGGUAUUCUUCUACAAGAAUCCAUUAAAUUACUUGCUGAUCAUGGUCAUUUUGUUGAAUGGGGAAAACGAGAUGUUUUUGACAAGUCUCCAUUGUCUAUGUUUGACUUUCGAUCAGACUGUAGUUUUCAUGUCAUUGAUUUAGUUUCACUUUGUAUGAAACAUCCAACUAUUUGUACUGCUAUGUUACAAGAAAUGGUUGAUUUACUUAUGCAAAGCAAAUUAAAAGCAAUUGAGCCCACAGUUGUCUAUGAACCAUCUCAAGUGAUUGAGGCAUUUAUGAGAUGUAAUAGUGGUCAAGCCAUGGGCAAAGCUGUUGUUCGUCUAACCAAUUCUAAUGAAUCACUCUGUUUGAAUAGCGUACAUUAUAAUAGUUUAAUCGAAGAUAAUGAUAUUAUGUUUCCGUCAAAUGUUUGCCAACAAGGAACAAUUCUUAUUUCUGGUGGAUUUGGUGGUCUUGGAUUGACAAUGUCUCGGUGGAUGAUAGAGAAACGAGGUGUAAAACGUAUUAAUCUUAUGAGUCGUCGGACAUUAGCUGAACUUGAACAAUCGUCGAAUCCACAGUAUGAGGAUUGGUUACGCUUGAAACAAACAAUAAAUGAAUAUCACGCUCAUGUGGAUGUUGUUCAAGCAGAUGUAACAAAUUUUGAUCAAGUGCAUGAUCUGAUCAAAAAAUUAAGUCACACCUCUUAUCCUGUUCGAGGAAUUAUUCACAGUGCUGUCGUUGCAGAAGAUCGAACUUUGGCUAAAAUGACACAAGAAUAUUUGACACAUGUUUUAGCAGCAAAAGUUCGUGGUGCUUGGAUUCUUCAUCAAGUUACACAGCUCACCCAUGCUCCUCUUCAUUUUUUUCUCAUGUUCUCAUCAAUUCGAAAUCAUCUACUUGAAGUGGCAUCGUCCGGUUACAAUGCUGGUAAUCAAUUUCUCGAUGUUCUUGCUCACCAUCGCAUGACUCAACUAAAUUUACCUGCUCUCUCAGUUAGCUUGCCUGCUGUAAGUGGCGCAGGCAUGUUUCAUCGACAACGAGAUAUGCUUAGUACGUUACAAAGUACACAUGGCUUUGAAGUAUUGCCACCGAUAGCUGUAUUCGAGUUGAUCGAACGCUUCCAUGCAAAUCAGAAGACUUGUCCAUGUCCUGUUAUUUUUGCUGUUAAUUGGCAAAAAUUAUAUGAAAGACGUCA